AUGGAAGAACUUCUUCUCCGCGAUCAAGCUGUCUACGGUCCGUUGACCAAGGACACCGCUCCUCUCCUCAGCGCCGACGGCAGUACCCUCCUGACUGAGAAGAUACAAAUUCUACAGCGAUGGGCCGAACAUUUCAGAGGCGUCCCCAACAUCCCCUCCACCAUCUCCGACGCCGCCAUCGCCCGCCUGCCGCAAGUGGAGACCAACCAGGACCUCGACCUCCCGCCAUCUCUCCAGGAAAGUAUCAGGGCCGUACAGCAGCUCUCCAGCGGGAAAGCGCACGGAUCAGACGUGAUCCAUGCUGCGGACUACAAGCACGGUGGGCCCCAACUCGUGGAUUAUCUGACUGCGCUCUUCCAGGAGAUGUGGCGUCAAGGUGAAUUCCCGCAAGAUUUCAAAGACGUAACCAUCCUGCAUCUGCACAAGCAAAAAAGGGGACCGCCAAGUCUGCGACAACCAUCGCGGCAUGUCCUUACUGAACAUCGCCGGGAAGAUUUUCGCUCGCAUCCUCGUCAACGGCCUGAAUAA